ACCCCAGCUUCGCCUUUCUUUAUAUCACUCUCAUAAACCAUUUAUUCAUUCACAAUUAGUGCUUGGUGUUAACUAGUCGUACGUGAGUUUUCCAUUACCAAGAUGUCUGCUACCGAGGGAAAAGUAAUUACCUGCAAAGCUGCUGUUGCCUGGGAGGCGAAAAAACCACUUGUUAUUGAGACAAUUGAAGUGGCUGCGCCAAAGGCACAUGAAGUACGAAUUAAAAUCACGGCGACUGGUGUCUGUCAUACAGAUUCCUUUACUUUGAGUGGCGCUGAUCCUGAGGGUCUGUUUCCUGCUGUGUUAGGCCACGAGGGCGCUGGCAUUGUGGAAAGCGUAGGCGAAGGCGUUACCAAUUUUAAAGCCGGCGAUCAUGUUAUUGCUCUCUAUAUACCGCAAUGCAAUGAGUGCAAGUUUUGUAAGAGUGGCAAGACGAAUCUCUGCCAAAAGAUACGUGUGACUCAGGGACAAGGCGUGAUGCCCGAAGGGACUUCGCGUUUAAGCUGUAAGGGUCAAAAAUUGUUUCACUUCAUGGGCACCUCCACAUUCGCCGAAUACACCGUAGUGGCAGAUAUAUCGCUGACCAAAAUCAACGAGAAGGCGCCGCUAGAGAAGGUUUGUCUAUUGGGUUGUGGCAUAUCCACCGGAUAUGGUGCUGCGCUCAAUACGGCUAAGGUUGAGCCUGGCAGCACCUGCGCAGUAUGGGGACUUGGCGCUGUCGGCCUCGCAGUUGGUUUGGGGUGCAAAAAAGCAGGCGCGGCAAAAAUUUACGGCAUUGAUAUCAAUCCAGCUAAAUUUGAAUUGGCAAAGAAGUUCGGUUUUACAGAUUUCGUCAAUCCAAAGGAAGUAGCCGACAAGGGUGCCCUACAGAAUUAUCUAAUUGAUUUGACGGACGGUGGAUUCGACUAUACAUUUGAAUGUAUUGGAAAUGUCAAUAUAAUGCGUGUUGCUCUCGAGGCAACUCACAAAGGCUGGGGUACUUCUGUGGUCAUUGGUGUGGCCGGCGGGGGUCAAGAGAUAUCAACACGUCCAUUCCAAUUGGUAGUUGGUCGCGUAUGGAAAGGUUCUGCGUUCGGUGGCUGGCGUUCUGUAUCAGAUGUACCGAAGCUAGUGGAAUCUUAUCUGCAGAAUGACUUGCUUGUCGAUGAGUUCAUCACUCACGAACUAAAACUGGAGCAGAUAAACGAAGCUUUUGAUUUGAUGCACGAGGGCAAGAGCAUUCGCAGCAUCAUUAAAUUCUAAGAAAAAGCACACACACACGAAACCAGUAAAAAGUUUGCGUUUACUAUUUUUAUAUUAAAAUUUGUUGUAUACAGUGGA